GUUAUGAGCGCAGGCGCACAUCACUUGCUGGUCCGCACUCACUCACGCCGCCCGCGUCCGCGCUGCUCAGUUAAUAUAAAUUAAGUUCGAAAUGUACAAGUCCAUAAUUUUGUUUUGUGUUGUCUGUGUGGUCAUUGAGGCCCGACCAAAAUGGCAGUUCCUACCACCCAUGCAAGGUUACGUACCAGUGUACAUCAGAAACGGAGACACACCACUUGAAGAGAUCAAUCCAGACCUUGCAGAAGCCUUCCACGCGCUACCAGCAGGUCGCAGCGCUGGCAAAGAGCUGGAGGCAUCGCAAGAAAUCCCAGAACAAGCUGACCAACCGCAACCAGAAACGCCCGAGGACAUAGCAGUUCCUAACCACCCUUACGAGAAGAAGAUUUUAGAAAAGAAGAAGAAAGCGUCCGCCGAAAUCCCGAAACCGAUUGAACGUAGAUAGAUGCGUAUUAAUUUAAGGUUAUUUUAAGUUUAGAUGUUUCGAUGUUUAUAGAAAAUUUUAUGCGUAUUAUAUUAAAAUUGUAUUAGUACAAUGAAAAUGUUGCUAAUAGUUCCCAUUGUUGAAUCCGGAGAACUAUUGUUUCUGUAGGUAGAUACCAUAGAGUGAUAUGGAAUUACUAUCAUAAAUAUAACUAAGUAAUUUCCUACUGGAGCUUGCCAUUUAUUUAUUAAAUACUACAGCUAUUUAUUUUGCUCAAUAUUGUAAUGUACGACAAACCUUGCCAUGUAUUUAACAUACUGAAUAUUAAUAAAUUAACAUACUUUAUUAUGA